AUGGAGUGCCGGCCCGGCGCGUGGCGCCUGCAUCAGCAGCAGCAGCGGGGUCCCGGCGUGCCCGUCGCGGGCCUGCCCAUCGGCUUCCGCUUCCGCCCCACCGACGAGGAGCUGCUGCUGCACUACCUCCGCCGCAAGGCGCUCGCCUGCCCGCUCCCCGCCGGCGUCAUCCCGGACGCUGACCUCGCGCGCCUCCACCCGUGGGACCUCCUCCCCGCCGCCGCACCAGGGGCAGCAGCCGACGCCGACGGGGAGCGCUUCUUCUUCCACCGCCCGGCAACGCGGUGCUGGCGCAAGGGCGGCGGCGCGGCCAGGGCGGCCGGCACAGGCGUCUGGAGGCCGUCCGGGAAGGAGACCCUCGUCGUCUCGCCGCGCUGCAAGCGCCCCGUCGGCACCAAGCGGACGCUCGUCUUCUGCCCCCGCCGUGGCGGCCGCGGCGGCGCCCGCACCGACUGGGCCAUGCACGAGUACCGCCUCCUCCCCGCCGGCCUCCACCUCCAUGGCUGCGCCGCCAAGGCGCCUCAGCCCACUAAUGUGAGUUCCCAUGCCGGUGGUGGCGCGGCGGCCGACUGGGUGGUCUGCCGCAUUUUCAGGAGGGCCAGGCCGGCCACCGCGCCCGCCUUGGUGGCGGCAGGGGAAGAAGAAGAAGAGCACGCGGCGGCGGAGAGCCCGUCGUCCCCGUCGUCGUGCGUCACCGACGCCUCCGAGACCGUCGACCAGGAAGAGGAUGACGGCGAUGAAGGGGGCAGCAGCAGCUGCAGCGUCGCCUCCUCUAAUUGA